GCGUGUAGGAUCAAAUCAAUCAAGGCCAUCCAAUCGACCACGGGCUGACGAAACGUGAUCCCUGCCGCCCUUGAACCAGCCUUCUUCUCACCUCACCGUGCUCCCCUUCACCUCUUCCGGCCCAAAGCCCCAGCGCCGCCGAAACCCCUCCUGCGCCCCCUUCUCGCACCGGAGCACACCUCGAAGCCCCUCCACUGCACUGGGAGUGGAGUCGAGAUCCGCCCCGCCGCGAUUCCUACGGCUGAUCGAUCUGAGUCUGUCUUCGUGGGGAGAAAGGUGCGUACCUCACAAGGUGAAAGAUGGGUAUCCUCGAGAGGAUCAAGGAGAUUGAGGCCGAGAUGGCCCGGACGCAGAAGAACAAAGCAACAGAAUAUCAUCUUGGACAACUGAAGGCAAAAAUUGCAAAACUGAGGACACAGUUAUUAGAGCCUCCAAAGGGUGCCAGUGCUGGAGGAGAUGGUUUUGAGGUCACAAAGUUUGGGCACGGUCGUGUUGCGCUUAUAGGGUUUCCCAGUGUUGGAAAGUCAACUCUUUUAACUAUGCUGACCGGGACACAUUCUGAAGCUGCAUCAUAUGAGUUCACAACCCUCACUUGCAUUCCUGGUAUUAUCCAUUACAAUGACACCAAAAUCCAGCUUCUUGAUCUUCCCGGUAUCAUUGAAGGCGCCUCUGAAGGCAAGGGGCGUGGUAGGCAGGUUAUCGCUGUCGCCAAGUCAUCGGAUCUCGUGCUUAUGGUUCUUGACGCCUCAAAAAGUGAAGGGCAUCGCCAAAUAUUAACUAGAGAACUGGAAGCUGUUGGCCUCCGUCUGAACAAAAGGCCUCCUCAGAUAUACUUCAAGAGGAAGAAGACUGGUGGGAUUUCUUUCAACAGCACAGCACCUUUAACUCAUAUUGAUGAGAAGCUCUGCUAUCAGAUACUGCAUGAGUACAAAAUUCAUAAUGCAGAGGUAUUAUUCCGUGAGGAUUCUACUGUGGAUGAUCUGAUUGAUGUGAUUGAAGGAAAUCGGAAGUACAUCAAGUGUGUUUAUGUAUAUAAUAAGAUUGAUGUUGUGGGUAUUGAUGAUGUGGAUAAUCUUGCUCGGCAACCAAAUUCACUUGUUAUCAGCUGCAAUUUGCAGUUGAACUUGGACAGGCUAUUAGCAAGAAUGUGGGAGGAAAUGGGUCUGGUGAGAGUGUAUACAAAGCCGCAGGGUCAGCAGCCCGAUUUCGGAGAUCCAGUGGUUCUUUCUAGUGAUAGGGGUGGUUGCACAGUUGAAGACUUCUGCAAUCACAUCCACAGGAGCUUACUCAAGGAUGUGAAAUAUGUGCUCGUGUGGGGAACGAGUGCUCGGCACUAUCCACAGCAUUGUGGUCUUGGCCAUGGUCUUGAAGACGAGGAUGUGGUCCAGAUAGUAAAGAAGAAGGAAAAAGAGGAGGGCGGACGAGGCCGUUUCAAGUCGCACACCAAUGCACCUGACCGAAUCUCCGACAGGGUGAAGAAAGCUCCUCUCAAGACAUGAUCCCAUCGCCGAUGUGGAACUAGCUGAGCCGGAUGCUAUUUUGGGCGACCAUCAAGCCUGGCAUCUCCGCACAAUCAUAUGACAAAGUGUUGCUUUUUUCCAGAUAGUAUAUGUGCUCUCAUUCUGUAUAAGAUGAGGCAGGCUUGUGUACACGCAGUGAGUGUUUUUGCCAGCAAACUUUGCAAAUGAGUUAGUUACAGAUGCCACCUCUUGUUAUCGUACUGUGUUUGGAACAUUAAUUAAUUAAUGGAUUCCACUACAAAUCUGAUUUGAA